AUGAAGAACAUAUGUAAGGUGGUGGAUGGGUUGAAAGCAGCCAUAAUACUAAUGGUUGUGGUUCAGCUAUUCUAUGUUGGGAUUAACAUUCUUUACAAACUCGUUGUUUAUGAAGGCAUGAACCUGGGAGUCAUCAUUGCUUAUCGUUUUGUUUUCGCCACUGCUUUCAUGGCUCCUCUUGCUUUCAUUUUUGAAAGGAAGAAGAGGCCAAAGAUGACUUGGACUAUACUGUUUCAGGGUCUUAUAUGUGGCUUAUUUGGAGGAACAUUGGCACAAACAUUAUACUUGGAGAUGCUGGCCUUAACAACUGUAACGUUUGCAUCAGCACUCAACAAUCUCCUCCCAGCUGCCACCUUUGUUAUGGCCAUCUUCUUUGGUUUGGAAAAAUUGAAUUGGAAAUCCGCAGCCGGGAAAGCCAAGACCAUGGGAACCAUCGCGGGAAUCAGUGGGGCCAUGCUUCUGACAUUCUACAAGGGCCCACCAAUACCCACACCCUCUUUCCACGUUAGCAUUUUGCAUCUCCACCACAGCCACGUGGCAUCUUCCCACUCUACCUCCGGCGGUAACACCCUCUUAGGUGCACUCUGCGGCAUGGGUUCCAUCUCGUCCAUUUCUCUGUGGCUCAACGUUCAGAGCAAGAUGAGUGAGAGAUAUCCAUGUCAUUACACAAGCACGACGCUGAUGAGUUUGUCAGCUUCAGUGUUUUCUAUUGCCUUUGCUCUUUGCACUGAAAGAGAUUGGGCUCAAUGGAAAUUGGGUUGGAACAUAAGGCUCUUAACCGUGGCUUAUGCGGGAUUGGUGGCAUCAGGAGUGAACGUGGUGGUGAUGGCAUGGUCUGUACGCAAGGGAGGGCCUCUGUUCGUAUCAGUAUUCACUCCUCUCCAGCUUUUGUUUUUGGCUUUUCUUGGAUCUUUCUUUAUGGACGAGACGCUUCAUCUUGGAAGUAUAAUUGGAGGAGUUCUGAUAGUGUCUGGACUCUACAUGGUUUUAUGGGGCAAAGCUAAAGAGAUGAAGAAGAUGAAUUGGUUAGUACCAUCACAGACCCUCCACGUCUCGUCAUCCCAUUCACUUGAAAUCAUCGUCAAAUCUUCUAUUCAUGACCCCAAAAGCAGCGGCAAUAAUAAUAUUAAUAUUAAUGCUUAUUCAAGCCUCGAUAAGGAUCACCAAGAAGAUUCAUCAGAAAAUGGAAAUCAAGAAAUACAAGAUGUGAAAAGAACAAGUAACAUAAUCGAGUAA